CAAGCGGAAGUGACAUCAUCAACAAGCCAGUCUGCUGAAUCAAAACAAUAGCCGACUGCCAAGCUAGCAUUUCACCUCUUGUGAUCUUUUUAAAUGUUUAACAAGUAGCUUUCACUGACUCGGUGUAAGAAACUCUUACUGGGAUGGAUAAAUGAUUUAAUAAGUAUAUUUUGAAAGAAAAAAGCCAGCUACCAAGCCCUGUUUUUCGCUGCCAAAAUGAGCGAUGUUGUGGAGAAGACCCUGACAGCUCUGCCGAGCCUCCUAUCUUUAGAUUCUCAGCCUGGAUCUGCAAAACUGUCCUCCACCUCAAAACUAGGAAACCUAAUCAGAGGGAUCACUGAACUAACGUCCAAACAUGAGGAAGAAAAACUUAUUCAACGUGAACUAGCAGCUAUCAGAGAACAGAUGUCCUCCCCGAACACCUCCAUGAGGCAGAUGAAGGAGCUCAUGGUGAGAGCGAUCUACUGUGAAAUGCUCGGUUAUGAGGCUUCAUUCAGCUACAUUCAUGCUAUCAAACUGGCUCAACAAGGCACUGCUUUGGAGAAAAGAGUCGGUUACCUCGCCGUGUCUUUGUUUCUGAACGAAAGUCAUGAGCUGCUUCUUCUUCUUGUGAACACUGUAUUAAAGGAUCUUCAGAGCACAAACCUUAUUGAAGUGUGCAUGGCGCUAACUGUUGUCAGCCAGAUGUUCCCCAAAGAUAUGAUUCCUGCAAUUCUUCCUCUGGUCGAGGAGAAACUUAAUAACGCAAAAGAAAUCAUUCGACGAAAAGCAGUCCUGGCACUAUAUAAAUUCUACCUAAUAGCACCGAAUCAAGUUCAACACAUCCACAACAAGUUUCGCAAAGCUCUGUGUGACAAGGAUCCUGGUGUCAUGACAGCUUCACUACACAUCUACUUACAGAUGAUCCAGGAGAAUCCAGAAGGUUAUAAGGACCUGACAGCAAGUUUUGUCACCAUACUGAAGCAAGUGGUGGGGGGAAAACUGCCCAUGGAUUUUAACUAUCAUAGUGUUCCUGCUCCAUGGCUGCAAAUUCAGCUUCUCAGAAUACUAUCCUUACUUGGGAAAAAUGAUCACAGUACAAGUGAGAUCAUGUAUGAAGUCCUCAACGAGUCUUUACGAAGAGCAGAGAUGAAUCAUAACAUCACUUAUGCGAUAUUAUACGAAUGUGUAAAAUGUAUUUACACAAUUCAUCCCAAAUCUGAACUUUUGGAAAAAGCGGCAAAGUGCAUUGGCAAUUUUGUUCUGUCGCCGAAGAUUAAUCUCAAAUAUCUUGGCUUGAAGGCCCUCACCUUCGUUGUCCAGCAGGAUCCUAAACUGGCCCUGCAGCAUCAGAUGACCAUCAUAGAGUGUCUAGAUCACCCCGACGUCAUCAUUAAGCGUGAGACACUGGAGUUGCUCUUUCGGAUCACUAAUGCCCAGAACGUCACAGUCAUUGUCGAGAAGAUGCUGGAGUUUCUGCGCAUCAGUAAAGAUGACUAUAAUACCAUUGACCUGGUGGGGAAGGUGGCAGAACUGGCAGAAAAAUAUGCACCAGACAAUGAAUGGUUCAUUGAGACCAUGAACACAGUGUUUUCAGUGGGUGGAGACAUGAUGCAGUCUGACAUCCCAAACAGUUUCCUUAAACUACUGUCUGAGGGAUUUGACAGUGUGGAGGAAGACAGGAAGUUGAGGCUGUUUGCUGUGGAUUCAUAUGUUUCUCUGCUGCAAGGAGAGCCUGGCAAACUGCCACAGCGCUUCCUCCAAGUCAUCAGCUGGGUCCUCGGUGAAUACUCCUAUUUGAGGGAGGAACUUGAAGCGGCCACAGUCCUGAGGCUGCUGGACAAACUGUUGGACAUGAAGAACACCAGCAGCGAAACAAAGAGCUGGGUCCUCAUGGCAAUGGCCAAGCUCUGUGAGGGCGGGGCAGGCGUUUCUGUGGCUCAGGAAAUUUCUGAAGCAUACAACAGCUCUCUGGACACAGUACUGAGACAGAGGGCUCAGGAGCUGCAGCACCUCAGCCAAGACUCUGAACUACGAGCCAGGGUGCUGCCUCGAGACGCCGGCCUGGAACCCCUGGAGGUGGAUUCCUCUCUGUCAUUUCUGGAUGGAUUUGUGUCAGAGGCGUUGGCUGCUGGCGCUGCUCCAUACAAGCCUCCCCAUCAACGGCAGGAGGAAUUAGCUCAGGCAAAAGCAUUGAGCCUGGAGCCAUACAGCCUGUCCCUGCCCAUCAGCAUGUCCUCCUGCAGCAUCGCCGACAGACAGUCUCCUACACUGUUGUCCAUGAGCUCUGGUCUGUCAGGCGAUAGCACCGAUAUCUCACACAAAGGAGGCUCUACAACUCUGAAGCUGGACGGUGUGAAGAGGGUGUGGGGGAGGGACGGCUACCUGGCGCAGACGGAACCUGUGGAGGAGGCUGCCCAAGUUGAGGUUCCCAGUCCCCUCCGGUCACCCAGUCAGCAGGGAGAGGCUCAGAGUUCACACAGCCAGACUCCCACUCCGAUACCGACGCCUCAGCCUGAACAAGAGAAACAGCAGCUGGCCUCUUCGCUGUUUGUCGGCCUGGGUUCCCAAAGCUCUGUGUGUCUGAUGGGAAAAUCUGAGCCGACACCCCAGCGAUUCAGAAGAAAAGCCAAAAGUCCAGGCUCGUCCUCGGGGGCCAGCGAGCUAACAUCCAACUCCCUCGCCUCCUCUCCCAGCACAGUGGAUAAUUUGCUGUGUAACAACUUCAUGGACUCCAACGUCACCUCAGAGCUGGCCCUUUCUCCACCCAAACAGACAUCCCAACUCUCUCUGGGGCUCACUACUGCAAAUGGCCCCUGUGAUGUAGAGUUAACUGACAGUGACAUAAAGGGAAGUAACCCUUCUCUCAUUAGGGAAAAUGGUGUCGCUGUCGCUGCUGAUCCUGCUCCAUGUGAAGACCCAAACAGACCUAAAGACUUGUGUCUCAGUUCUCAUCUUCCUGCAGAGCUCUCUGGACUCUCCUACUCAGAGAUCACUCGUCUGUGCUCCAACCAAAGCCUGCAUCUCUCAGCCUGUCAUGUGCAGAAAGAGGAUUCUUUAGCGCUUGUUGUUUUCAUAUACAACUCCUCCGACUCUGACAUUCAACAGAUACUACUAGAGCUUGACUCAGAUGAACUUGAGGUAUGCUGUGCGUGUAGCAGUCCAGUGCAGGAGUUGAGAAGCCAGAGUGUAGCAGUGUGUCAGUAUUCCCUCACUGUGAAGAGGCCCUCAGUCCAUGUUGAAGUGGCUGGGAUGGUAUCUUACCAGUUGCCUGUUGGGACACCUCAGUCAGUGCAGCUCUCAUACAAACUGCCUCUAACCAGCUUCAUCAGACCUUUGACUGUGUCCACAGAGGAGUACGGGAGAAUGUGGCUGGCCUUCUCUCAUGAUACAAAGCAGAACCUGACACUGAUAAGUGAUGGCCCAGAACCUCUCACAGCCACUCUGAAUGUGCUGAAGAAGAAACUUCAGCUUCAUGUCGUGGAAAUCAUAGGUAUGGAAGGUAUUGUAGCUUGCCGGCUCCUCCAGGAUCAGCCAUGUCUGAUGCACUGUCAUGUGAAUGCGGGAACGCUGGCUGCGUGGCUGCGCUCUCCAGUCCCUGACCUGCCCGACUGCCUGAUCUACCACUGCCAGAGAGCUUUACAGGAGCACUGAGCCCCGACUGCAACACCUCCACUGACACCACUGAGCAACACGAGCACCUGACCCUCAACCACUGAAGCAGAAGGUACACAGAGCAGUAGUAGUAGUAGUAGGAACAGAGCAUGAGACAGUACAGAACAUCUGACAUUGUGCAUUCUCAACUUUAUAUUACAGUGUUGUUUAUCAUUUGUUUAUCUCCUCCACUAUAAGUUAUGUAGUAGGAUUUGGUUUUUUUUGUCCACAAAUUAUUUAUUUUUAACAGUAAAUUGGUGAAAUAAUUCACAGGAUCACAACUGUUUGAACAUCAUGGCUGGUAAUAACCUCAUGGCCAAAAGAUUGUGUUUUUAAACGUCAGUGGAUGUUUGAUGUUUCAGAAUAACACUUAUGUCUUAAAAUGAUGACAGGGCCCCAUAAUGACUUGAAAAUUUCAAUGGUUGAAACAUUGUUUGUGAGUGAACUGAAUACUAAGUAUGAUAUUCUCUGUGUAAGGGAAAAAUCAUGACUCUCUAGAGUUAUUUUUUGCGCCCCAGGUCUGCAUGCUAAAUAACGAGAGAGAUCAUGUCCUGUUUUUUUUAAUUUGUGACAUUAUUUUUAAAAAUCAGCUACAUUUUCUAGGUUAGAACGAUCAUGACAGUGAAGCCCAUUCAAAUCAACCAGAGACAUAAAGGUUUCAGUUUCUCAUUUAGCAUCUUAAAGCAUUUCAUUGCUGUUAUUAACUAAAGGUUUAGGUUCUUUUUAAGUUCAUCAAUACUGAUUGAAAUGGAAGGACUAAUACAGAUUCUUGCAUUGGAUUGGUUGAUGUUAUUUAUUAGGUGAGAGGCACAGGGAAGAUAUUGGUAUCUUUCAGGAGUACCCAAUUAAUUGUUCAUUAUUUCUGGUAUGGACUUGGACAAACCAUUAGAGGAGGGUUUAAAAUAAAAUGUUUUUUUAAAACUUAGUUUAAAAAAAAAAAACAAAUAUCUACAGAGAGCUGCUUGUCAAGUGGAACCUGCUCAUCUUCACUGCUGAAAAAAGCAGCAGAGGUUUACAUCCCUGUUUAUCUAUUAUGCUGACACUAACUCCGGCUGCAGCAGUUACACGUAUUUCUUACAUGAAUGAUGAGAGUAUUUUGUCUUAAAUGUAGUAAUGAAGAUUUCACUCUGCAAUGUCCAUAUUACCCAUUUAUCACUAUGAUGAGGAGCAUUUCAGUUUUCCCUCGUGUUUUGCAGAUGCUGCCCUGUGUGAUAUGAAUAUCUAUGCACUCAUGUUUCUGGCUUGUCAGUGGUCAGUGAUUUUAGUGGUCUUUCAUUAUUAUAUUUUUAUAUCAACGCAGUAUUAAAUACAUAUUUAUUGGAUUUAUAUUCUUACAGAAAAUAUUUUGUAUUAAUUUCUCUGAAAGAAAAAAAAUCAUUGUGUUUCAUGUUACUGUUUGAUUGUGCUGUGCCAGAUCUAACUUGUCUCAGACUGUUUUAUUUAAUUCAACUUGAGGGGGAAGUUUACCUUUGUUCUUUUUUGCAUGUGUCCUGAUUUGAAACUAACAAUGUGUCUAAAAUUCAACUUUAACCCAACGCCUUAUGUUCUAAUGCCAAGGUGGCGUGUUUGAUUUGUGCCUGUGGUACAGAGAAAAUCCUUCUUUCUUGGAGUGCCUGUCACUACAUUCUGCUAACUUGUGAAUAAAUUCAACACAUGUAAAUUCA